AUGUGCGACACCCGCGCGAUAUACGCGGCACACACGACCGUGGGGGCCUCUAACUCUCGAGACCUCAUCAGGAACAUCUCGUCAGGUGCAGAUCAUUUACAUCGUGUCACAAACCGCCUCGUCACCGUCACCGGCGCGAGUCUGAUGCGCGGGGCGGACCACCGCCCACGCAGCGACAACACAGCGACACGUCCACCGGGUCCGCCCGGCAAGCGCGGCAAGAAGGGCAAGAAAGGAGAUUCUGGCGAGCCGGGACCUCCGCCCCAGCUCUUAUUAAAUAGCUUCCCAAAAAGAAUAUGUGUGUCAUAUGAUAUGGUUGUGUCUAUUGUUAGCUCCGUUAGGACAGCUCAACGAUACCGAUUGACGUUUCAGGGAAGCAAGGGCGAGAAGGGCGAGCGCGGCUUCAUGGGUCCUAUUGGUUUGGAUGGUCCCAAAGGAGAUCCUGGUCGGCCCGGGGACAAGGGGCAAAAGGGGGAACACGGCAACCCUGGUUUUGACGUCUUCGCUGCAGUGAAGGGCGUCAAACGUUCGGUGGACAACUUUAAGAUGCACCCUUACACCACCGCCGAGAUCAUAGCCGUCAAGGGCCUGCAGGCGGCCGGUCACAACAUCUCCGCGCAAUCCAUCAUCCAACUCAAGGGAGAGCCAGGAGAGCCAGGCCCGCCGGGGUCGCCGGGGCCUCCAGGGGCGGAGGGAAUAGCAGGAGCAGAGGGCCGAGUGGGACCCGCCGGUGCCCCUGGUUCGGCCGGCCCAGCGGGGCCGCCCGGCCCUGUGGGACCUAUAGGACCUGUCGGACCACCGGGACCUGCUGGACAUAAGGGCGACAAAGGCGAUAAGGGCGAGAGAGGUUUCACGACGACGUUAAAGGGCGACUCAUUCCCGACCGGCAUAAUCGAGGGCCCGCCCGGUCCGCCCGGACCUCCCGCGAGCGGGCGCGAGUGUGAGCAGGCGUGUGUUGAAGGCGCGGAGGGCGCGCGCGGGGAGCGCGGCGCGGCGGGCGCGGCGGGGCCGCCCGGCGAGCGCGGCGCGCGCGGCAAGCGCGGCAAGCGGAUUGUGAUGGUACGAGUGACAACUAACGAUAGCUUCUUAGAGUGGCUUUUAACGCGCGCUCGUGAGCUCGCGCCUGCGCCGAGCGUGGACGCGCCGCGCCGGCGACGACUUCAAGGUGCGGCGGGCAAGGAGGGCGCGGCGGGCCCGCGCGGCCCGGCGGGCGCGGACGGCCGGCCCGGGGAGCCCGGCGUGCCCGGCCCGCCCGGGAAGCCGGGUGAGAUGGGCCCGAAAGGCGAGAAGGGCGACUACGGCGACAUGGGCUCGCCCGGCAUGCUGGGCGCGCCCGGCCUGCCCGGCCCGCCCGGCUACCCUGGCCUGAAGGGCGACAAGGGAGACAAGGGCGACUCGCAGAAGUACCGAAAGCUGAGACGCAGGCAGGGAGACGGGACCGGCUACGAGCUAUAUGGACAUGAAAUGAUGAUGGGUCCGCCGGGAGCCCCGGGGCCCGCGGGGCCGCCCGGCGUGGCGGGGCCGCCCGGCAUCAAGGGCGACAAGGGCGAGCCGGGCACGCGCGGCAAGGCGGGUGAAAGAGGGGAAAAAGGAGAUCCCGGUCCUAUGGGAUUACCAGGCCCAGUAGGGCUGCCGGGCGAGGCGGGCGAGCCGGGCCGCGCGGGCGACGUCGGACCGCGGGGACCGCCCGGGCUCGACGGCAUGAAGGGCGCGCAGGGCGAGCCGGGCAGCAAGGGCGAGCGCGGGGACCCCGGCCUGCCCGGAACUGAUGGAAUUCCCGGUCAGGAGGGACCUAAGGGCGACAAAGGAUAUAAGGGAGAACCCGGCCCGGCCGGCAAGCGCGGGCGCAAGGGCGACAAGGGCGACCGCGGCGAGCAGGGCGUGCCCGGCCUCGAUGCGCCCUGCCCGCUGGGGCCCGACGGCCUGCCGCUGCCUGGCUGUGGUUGGCGACCGUCUAAGGAGGCGGCGCGCGAGGAGCGGCCCGGCGGCGCGCGCUCCGAGGAGGAGGGCGAGGUGGAGGAGGGCGAGGGCGAGGGCGAGGGGGAGGGCGACGGCGAGGGCGAGUACGACGCGCGCGACGACGAGCUGGACGCGCCGCGCGACUACGACGACUACACCGACAACGCGCACCACGAGCCGCACCGCGACUGA